CAUGCUGUAAGGAUGAAGAACCAAACCUCUCUCUAUCUCUCUCUCUUCGCUGUCUCUUUUAUAAACCCCCUCCACCUCCACCCCUUGUCCUCAUUCCCAAAACUACUUUCUCUCUCUCUCUCUGUGGUGAGAGAGGGGAGGACAAGAGGUUCUGAAACAUGCCCAAACCAACACUAAAUAGGUAUCACACCCUGUGUCUUGUGAAUCUGUUGCUGACCCUACUCUCAUUCACCAUCUCUGCAACCUCUACUCCCCACUUCAGAGAAGCUCCCGAGUUCUACAAUUCCCCAGAAUGCCCCUCGAUCUCAGAUACUGACACUAUCGACGAAGACGACGAUGGGGAAGGAUCCAAUGUCUGCUCGGAUCUAACCAUCCACGUAGCAAUGACGUUGGACGCAGCCUACCUAAGGGGAUCCAUGGCAGCCAUCCUUUCCGUACUCCAACACUCUUCUUGCCCUCAGAACGUUGCCUUCCAUUUCGUCGCCUCCACUUCCGCCGACGCAGAUCACCUCCACAGCACCAUCGCUAAAUCCUUCCCGUACCUGAGAUUCCAAGUGUACGGUUUCGAUGACUCCGCCGUGGCCGGUCUCAUCUCCACCUCCAUUCGUGCCGCACUGGAUUGCCCACUUAACUACGCCCGUAACUACCUUGCCAAUCUUCUCCCUCUCUGCGUCCACCGCGUUGUGUACCUUGACUCCGAUCUCCUCCUCGUCGACGACAUCGCUGACCUCGCUGCCACUCCCCUGGGAGACCAUUCCGUCCUCGCUGCCCCUGAGUACUGUAAUGCUAACUUCACCUCCUACUUCACCACAACCUUCUGGUCCAACCCUGCUCUAUCCUUAACCUUUGCCGGUCGUAAGGCUUGCUACUUCAACACCGGGGUCAUGGUUAUCGAUCUCGAGCGAUGGCGCGCUGGGGAUUAUACUACUAAGAUUGAGGAAUGGAUGGAACUCCAGAAGCGAAUGAGGAUUUACGAAUUGGGUUCUUUGCCUCCCUUUCUGCUUGUCUUUGCCGGGAAUAUUGCUCCGGUGGAUCACCGAUGGAACCAACACGGCCUCGGUGGCGACAAUUUCCGGGGACUUUGUAGAAAUCUGCAUCCGGGCCCGGUGAGUCUCUUGCAUUGGAGCGGAAAGGGUAAGCCAUGGGCGAGACUCGACGCUAACAGGCCUUGUCCAUUAGAUGCCUUGUGGGCUCCUUACGAUCUCUUGCAAACUCCUUUCUCUCUUGAUUCCUGAAUCACUCUUCUCACUCCUACCGUCCUGCGAGAGAAACAGAGACUCAGAAAGAGAAGGUGAGAAUGAAUAUUCUCUCUUCCUCCGAAGUAGAUUCAGAGAGAUCCAACGUCGCUGCGGAACAUCUCUGCAUCUCUUUCUUUUUGGUUGGAUUCUCUCUCCGAUUGGGACGUUGCUGAUGGUCAAAGAUGAACAGGUGGAUUUAGCCACAUCUUGUUGAUUGUAGAUUAUUAUAUACAGAGACGUCGAAUAGAUUAUCGGAGCUUUGUAUAUCACGGAAUCUGCCUCUGCAACGGAACAGAGGAUUAUAACUUCAACACCUAUAAUACGAAGGAAAAUAAAGCUCAAAAGAAAAGGAGAAGAAAGCCAUCUGAGUGAGUAUCAAACAUCACUGAUUCUGGGUUUGCAAAUAUUUCUUCUUGGUGGAGCAAAAUAAUUUUUUCUUGUAAAUUUUACUUUGUAAAAUUAUAAAAUUAAUAUGAGCAAUAAUACAUGGAUUUUGUAGAGCUA